CACGAGCGGAGCAAAAGCCACACGCGGCGAGUGGACGCUAGCGGCCGCCAGUCUCCCGAGGGGCGCCCUCCUCCCGCCGAUUCCCGAGCGGGGCCAUGGGGGGCAGUACGCCCGCGCGCGCCGCCUGAGGACGUCGUCGCCCUCGCCCCCACUAUGGGCGCCCCGGCUCGCGCCCUCGCGAUCUGCGUGGUGCUGGCGGUCAUGACCGGCGCCUCCUCGAUGCCCCCGGGCAUGGAGCCGCGCGUCUUGCGGAGAGCGGCAGAGGCCCUGGGGCCUGAGCCCGGCCAGCAGGAACAGCUGGUCUUUGGCAGCGGGGACACCGUGGAGCUGAGCUGUCAUGCGCCUGCUGGUGGUCCCACAGGGCCCAGUGUCUGGGUCAAGGAUGGCGUGGGCCUGGUGCCUUCAGACCGCGUCCUGCUGGGGCCUCAGCGGCUGCAGGUGCUCAACGCCUCCCACGAGGACUCAGGGGCCUACAGCUGCCGGCAGCGGCUCACGCACCGUGUGCUCUCCCACUUCAGUGUGCGAGUGAUGGAUGCUCCGUCCUCUGGAGAUGAUGAAGAUGGGGAGGACGAGGCUGAGGAUACAGUAGGGGCUCCUUAUUGGACGCGGCCUGAGCGGAUGGACAAGAAGCUGCUAGCGGUGCCAGCCGCCAACACCGUGCGCUUCCGCUGCCCGGCCGCCGGCAACCCCACGCCAUCCAUCUCCUGGCUGAAGAACGGCAAGGAGUUCCGAGGCGAGCACCGCAUCGGGGGCAUCAAGCUACGACACCAGCAGUGGAGCCUGGUCAUGGAGAGCGUGGUGCCCUCGGACCGCGGGAACUAUACGUGUGUUGUGCAGAACAAGUUCGGCAGCAUCCAGCAGACCUACACCCUGGACGUGCUGGAGCGCUCGCCGCACCGGCCCAUCCUGCAGGCCGGGCUGCCUGCCAACCAGACGGCUGUGCUGGGCAGCGACGUGGAGUUCCACUGCAAGGUGUACAGUGACGCGCAGCCCCAUAUCCAGUGGCUCAAGCACGUGGAGGUGAACGGCAGCAAAGUUGGGCCCGACGGCACCCCGUAUGUCACCGUGCUCAAGACGGCGGGCGCUAACACCACCGACAAGGAGCUAGAGGUUCUGUCCUUGCGCAAUGUCACCUUUGAGGACGCUGGGGAGUACACGUGUCUGGCGGGCAAUUCUAUCGGGUUUUCCCAUCACUCUGCGUGGCUGGUGGUGCUGCCAGCUGAGGAGGAGCUGGUGGAGGCUGGUGAGGCUGGCAGCGUGUACGCGGGCGUCCUCAGCUACGGGGUGGGCUUCCUCCUCUUCAUCCUGGUGGUGGCGGCCGUCACUCUCUGCCGCCUGCGCGCGCCCCCGAAGAAGGGCCUGGGCUCGCCUGCCGUGCACAAGGUCUCCCGCUUUCCACUCAAGCGACAGCAGGUGUCCUUGGAGUCCAACUCGUCCAUGAACUCCAACACACCCCUGGUACGCAUCGCCAGGCUGUCCUCAGGGGAAGGCCCUGCGCUGGCCAAUGUCUCCGAGCUGGAGUUGCCUGCUGACCCCAAGUGGGAGCUGUCCAGGGCCCGGCUGACCCUAGGCAAGCCACUUGGGGAGGGAUGCUUCGGCCAGGUGGUCAUGGCGGAGGCCAUUGGCAUCGACAAGGACAGGGCUGCCCGGCCCGUCACUGUGGCAGUGAAGAUGCUCAAAGAUGAUGCCACAGAUAAGGACCUGUCAGAUCUGGUGUCUGAGAUGGAGAUGAUGAAGAUGAUCGGCCGCCACAAGAACAUCAUCAACCUGCUGGGGGCCUGCACCCAGGGCGGGCCCCUGUACGUGCUAGUGGAGUACGCGGCCAAGGGUAACCUGCGGGAGUACCUGCGGGCACGGCGGCCCCCAGGCCUGGACUACUCCUUCGACACCUGCGGGCUGCCCGGGGAGCAGCUCACCUGCAAGGACCUGGUGUCCUGCGCCUACCAGGUGGCCCGGGGCAUGGAGUACCUGGCCUCCCAGAAGUGCAUCCACAGGGACCUGGCCGCCCGCAAUGUGCUGGUGACCGAGGACAAUGUAAUGAAGAUAGCGGACUUCGGCCUGGCCCGUGAUGUGCACAACCUGGACUACUACAAGAAGACCACCAACGGCCGGCUGCCUGUGAAGUGGAUGGCACCUGAGGCCUUGUUUGACCGGGUCUACACCCACCAGAGUGACGUCUGGUCCUUUGGGGUCCUUCUCUGGGAGAUCUUCACCCUGGGGGGCUCACCGUACCCCGGCAUCCCCGUGGAGGAACUCUUCAAGCUGUUGAAGGAGGGUCACCGCAUGGACAAGCCGGCCAACUGCACACAUGACCUGUACAUGAUUAUGCGGGAAUGCUGGCAUGCUGUGCCCUCCCAGAGGCCCACCUUCAAGCAGUUGGUGGAGGACCUGGACCGUAUCCUUACUGUGACGUCCACAGACGAGUACUUGGACCUGUCUGUGCCUUUUGAGCAGUACUCACCAGGCGGCCAGGACACCCCGAGCUCCAGCUCCUCAGGGGACGACUCUGUGUUUGCCCACGACCUGCUGCCUCCGGCCCCCACCAGCAGCGGGGGCCUGCGGACGUGAAGGGCCAGCGGCCUACAGGCCGAGCCCCCACCACUGUUGAGAGUGGACACCAGCUCCCCCCGACCCCGUGCUGCUGGUGGCAUGCUGUCGACCACUGGGGCCCCUUCGCCUGGGCCCGAGCCUGGGCCAGACAGACAAUGGACAGACACGUGUGUGUGUGUGUGUGUGUGUGUGUGUGUGUGUGUGUGCGCGUGUGUGUGUGGGUGUGAGUCUUGAGGCCCCCGGCACAGGGAUCCCUGGGGUGCCACCCUGCUGUAUAGUGACCUCCUGGCCACCAGCGCCGGCAGCACCAGGGGGACAAACGUAGAAUGUAAAGGGGUUCCUCCAGGAGCUCCUCAGGACAGGGAACCGGGCCCCUUCCCCAGGCUCCCUUCCCCCCACACAU